AUGCGUGUUUCAUCCGUUAUCUCCGUUCUUGCUGGGCUGCACGCUACCUCAUGCGUGGCGGCUAACGACAGCUGGCCGUGGCAAACCUACAAGUCCAGCCCUUUUGAGCCUCCCAACCUCAAGAUCACCAAAUUUGGAGCUACCGCUCCUGGCUACCUGUUCUUCGAUCAGUCAUGGGAUGCCCAUCAGUACAGUGUGUUCAUGAUGUCGGACGACAACGAACUCAUCUGGCAGAGUCCGUACGGUGACCUGAAAGAUUUCCGCGUGCAGAUGCUAGACGGAAAGCCGGUCUUGACCUACUUCAAUGGCAUUGGUGUGCCUGAGCCCUUUGGUUGGGGCUACGGUAUUAUCCAAAUAUUGGACCAGUCCUACCAGAGCAUCUACAAUGUUUCGGUCAUCCACGAUAACUACACUGCCGUCGGUACUGUUGACAGCUCGAGCUUUGUCUCUUGGCUUGAUAUCCACGAGAGCACCAUGACUUCGGACAACACGAUGUUGCUGACUGGUUAUAAUGUUACCCAGGCUGAUUUGAGCUCUGUGGGUGGCCCCAAGGAUGGGUGGAUUGCUGACUCGCUCUUCUAUGAGAUCGACGUUAAGACCAACGACAUCUUGUUCCGCUGGAGUGCUAAAGACCACGUUGAUCAGAUUUCCUUGGAAGAUGUGCAGCCUUUCUACCCUAUCCAUGACUGGGGACACAACAAGAGUGCUCCAUAUGGCUACUUCCACAUCAACUCUGUUGAGAAGUUCCAGGAUGGUAGUUUCCUCAUCUCUUCACGCUACUACUGCUCCUUAUUCAAGAUUGCUAAGGAUGGUUCUGUUGACUGGACCCUUCAAGGUCAAACCGGCGGCGACUUCUCACUGGACGGAGUCAACUUCGCCUACCAGCACGACGCACGCAUUCAAAAUGAGGAAGAGGGCAGAUUGACUAUCAGCAUCUUUGACAACGCCAACUCCGACGUAAAGAAUGGCACCGACCACACCGAAGGUAUCUUCAUGAAUGUCAAUCUGGAUACUAAAUCGGUCACUCCCCUCCGCCUCCUUGACGACCCGCAUGACGAGAUCUUUUCCACCUCCCAGGGAGCCGUUCAAGCCCUGCCUAAAAACCAUGUCUUGAUGGGCUACGGAUCCAACCCCAAGAUUAAAGAGUAUAACGCUGAUGGUUCCUGUGUUAUGACUGCUCAGUUUGGAGAAGAUUCCGUGGUCUCCAGUUACCGGGCUUAUCGUCACCCCUGGGUCGGCAUUCCCAACACGGCUCCUGAUGUGUUCUCUUGCGUCGACGCUUCUCACAACACGACAAAUGUCUAUAUGAGUUGGAAUGGUGCUACUGAGCAUCAGCAGUGGAAGGUUUUUGGAGGUGUCACUCAAAGUGGUCUUCCCCCGGUUGGAGUGGCACCCAAGACAGGCUUUGAAACUAUGACUUCUGUCAAGGGGGUCUCAAACUCAGUGCUAAGCAAGUCUUGA